UCCUACUUCCUGCUCAGAGCUGGCGGGGCCCCGCUAAGGAGGCCGCAGUCCGGACCCUCCUGGGGACCGCCCGCGCUGCCGUCGGAGAGGCAGGUGUCCCGGGGCCGGGGGUGGAGGGAUGGGGGUUGAGGGAGGAGGCCAGAACUCUCCUUCGGAACAGGUAAGGGCGGCUGACCCGCCCGGGCAGGUGUGGGCCGCGAGCAGAGUUGGCGGCGCUUGGAGGAGGCCGCCUGGGGGCGCUGCGCCCCUUCCCGCCGUUUGGUCUUGGCCGCCGCGGGCGCCGCGUCGGCCCUCAGUCCCGGCCCGGAGCGCAGGAUGCGGUGCCUCGGCACCACGCACCUGGUUUCUGCAGAGAGAACCCCCGGCCCAAGAGAGUGGCGGCCUCAGAUUUAUAGGAAAUGCACAGAUCUGCAGUGGUUGUUCCUGUUCUUUCUUUUUUGGACGGGUUUGGCACGUGUUCUUCACGGAUUCCUGCAAUCUGCAAGUCAAGGACGGGAGGCUUGGUUCCACUGUCCUCUGUGUAUCCAGCUGUCCUGAAGAGCAGCUCAAUACCCUCGAAGACAUCCAGCUCUUUGCAAACAACAGUGGGUCCUUCCUGUGUGUUUAUAGUUUGAGUUCUUCCAACUACACCCAGAAUCCAAAUGCAGACUCAUUGUGCCCCAGGCUACCUGUUCCUCCAAGCAAGUCUUUCCCGUUGUUUAACCGGUGCAUCCCUCAAACGCCAGAGUGCUAUUCCCUGUUUGCAUCUGUUUUGAUAAAUGACGUUAACACCCUCCAUCGAAUUCUAAGUGGAAUAAUGUCAGGAAGAGACACAAUCCUUGGCCUGUGUACCCUCGCAUUAGCCUUGUCUUUGGCCAUGAUGUUCACCUUCCGAUUCGUGACAACCUUUUUGGUUCACACUUUCGUCGCUUUGGUUAUUUUGGGAUUGUUGUUUGUCUGCAGUGUCUUAUGGUGGCUAUAUCAUGACUACACCAAUGACCUCAGCAUAGCAUUGGACACAGAAUGGGAAAACAUGAUGUGCCUGCUGGGGUUUGCUAUUGUAUCUACAGUUCUUACGGCAGUUCUGCUCAUCUUGAUUUUUGUCCUGAGAAAGAGAGUGAAAUUGGCAAUUGAAAUUUUCCGGGUUACAAAUAAAGCCAUCAGCAGCUCUCCUUUCCUGCUGUUUCAGCCACUGUGGACAUUUGCAAUCCUCAUUUUCUUCUGGGUCCUCUGGGUGGCUGUGCUUCUGAGCCUGGGGACUGCAGGAGCUGCCCAGGUUAUCGAAGGUGGCCAAGUGGAAUAUAAGCCUCUUUGGGGCAUUCGGUAUAUGUGGUGGUACCAUUUAAUUGGCCUCGUCUGGACUAGCGAAUUCAUUCUUGCGUGCCAGCAAAUGACUGUAGCGGGGGCAGUAGUUACGUCUUAUUUCAACAGAAAUGAAAAUGACCCUCCUGAUCACCCAAUCCUUUCGUCUCUCGCCAUUCUUUUCUGCUACCAUCAAGGAACAGUCAUAAAAGGAUCAUUUUUAAUCACCAUGGUGAGGAUUCCAAGAACUGUGCUCAUGUACAUUUACAACACUCUGAAAGACAAGCAGCAGAGUGCAUGGUCGAGGUGCGUGUUCAGAUGCUGCUUCUGCUGUUUCUGCUGUCUUGACAAAUGCCUGCACCAUGUCAACCAGAAUGCAUAUACUACCACAGCCAUUAAUGGGACAGAUUUUUGUACAUCAGCAAAAGAUGCACUCAAACUCUUAUCUAAGAAUUCAAGUCAUUUCACAUCUGUUAACUGCUUUGGAGACUUCAUAAUUUUUCUAGGAAAGGUCUUAGUGGUGUGUUUCACUGUUUUUGGAGGACUGAUGGCAUUUAACUACCACCGUGCACUCCAGGUGUGGGCAAUACCAUUGCUAUUGGUUGCUUUUUUUGCCUACUUUGUGGCCCAUAGUUUUUUAUCUGUGUUUGAAACUGUGCUGGAUGCACUUUUCCUGUGUUUUGCUGUUGAUCUGGAAACAAAUGAUGGAUCAUCAGAAAAGCCCUACUUUAUGGACCAAGAGAUUUUGAGUUUUAUAAAAAGGAUCAAUAAAUUAAAUAAUGCAAGGGCACAGAGAGAUAAGAACUUAAGGAACGAAGAAGGAACAGAACUCCGGCCCAUUGUGAGAUAAGCGCCCAUUAGGUAUUUGUACCUGGAAAAAGUUUCCCUCCUUUAAGAGACGUUCACAGAAUAAAUGAUAAACCCUGA